AAAUUCGCUACAACGGAACAACAUAUCGACCCGGAAAUCAAUUCGUGACUAACAUGUAAUUUACAUCGGGGACGAAACUCAUUCCCGCGGUUCCGUGUCAUUGCAUUAAAUACAGAGGAACCAAAGCGGUUUCUGUUAAUUCGGAAAUACGAUUUAUGUAUAGAGAAUGUCCAACUAUUUCGGUAAACAUUAAUUGGUGUCUCGAUUGUUUGCACAAACUUGAAUGGCCCUUUUAUUACAUAGAGCGAGGCGAGCAAAUAUUAUUAUCCAAACAGGCUCAGCUGUUGUUAUAUAACGCGAUAUUUGGAAGGAAUAAAUUGCAUCGAUGUGGUUUCCACGAACAUUGUGUGCGUUCUCGUACUAGAAAUUUUUCUGGAUAUCAUUUUCACUGUCCCAAACCACUCCAAACGUCGUCGAACGUACCUCAAUUAAAUAAUUGGGUUCAGUUUUGUAGCAAAGAAAAUUUUACCUUAUGACAGUAGAUAUUCACCCAACAGUCCUAGAAGACACCCGUUCAUCUCCUAUCCAACAGGGUCGCACUCCAACAUCCUGUUCCACUUCUCGCAGAUCAAUUCCCCAAACUUUUGGAAGACAGCUCAGGCUCUGGACCCCGAGUUACCUAAAACAAAAACGUGUCCUGUAUUUUUACAUGUUCCGCGAACCGGAGCAGUUUCACGAUGAAACAGCAAUCCUAGCGUCAGUAGCCCUUCGCCAUGACUAGGACCGAAAGUUCGAUCAUUAACGGGGGUGGAACGGUGAAUAAGUAUGCCGAUCGUGCGGAUGGGAAUGACACUGGGCGAGCGUGAGGGCGGAAGUGUGAGAUGGGGAAUGCGAAACGAGAGGGUUGAACCCCCUGGGUGCAUGGGGUGGCUGGCAAGGUAUAAAAUCAGACGUCGGAUACCUGGAGGUAUUCAGUGCCGGUUAGAUCCCGCUCUCCGCAGCAUCGCUUCAUCGAGUUUCGAUCACUGAGACCGACCGCCCCCAUUGCAAUGACGAAUCACCUAUUUGUAUUCCUGGUCGUUCUAAUAUUUUCCACUUCUCUCAACCUGCCCCGAUGUUCCCUUGGUCAACACCUCGACUCCGCCAGAGAUGGGGAUAAAGUGAAAGCCAACAACAGACGCGCGUCUGGUCUGGUGCCAUAUCCCAGGAUCGGUAGAAGCUCCGAAAUGGCUGGUUUCACGAGGCUAGAUCGUGCUGCAGGCCUGGUCCAGUACCCCAGAGUCGGUCGCGCCGAUCUACCGAUUUCGAAUGUUAAUUUCAACCGCUACCACGAUAUGGAACCCGACGCGGACUUUCAAUUUUAUAACGUGCGCGACAUGGACUUGGACUCUGCUCCGGAUCAAGAUUACGAAGGAUACGUCGGAAGAUCGAUGAACUUCAAGAACAAAAAUCUGAAGGAUGCUGCAUGGUUGAUCCCCAACCGUCUACACAUGAAGGAACAGCGUCCACCGCAGAAGAUCGACGAGAACAGAUCGCUUUACUCCGACGCUCAAGUUGCAGGUUUACGGAACGGUCAAACAUCGCUGAACGACUACACUCCACGAUUGGGGCGCGAGACGAACGUCGAACGAGGCAUCUGCAAAUGAUCCCCCGGUUCCAGCGUGGUGCACGACGCGACGGAUCUCGCACGGAGAACGCGACGUGGUGUACUAAUUCCCUCUACAAGGCUCUCUGUCGUCGACCAAUCUGUCUUUAAUUCGCGCCAGUGGUCGUUAACCGAACUUUGUACAAGAAGUUAUAGGCCACGAUAGAUUCUCCGUAUGCCAACGACCACGGACACCGAGUAUCUGUAUUUAUUUGGAUUAUGGCGAAGUUGUCAGGACGUGCGCCCUCGCAGCUCGCUCGACGGAGUUUCCGCUGACACGAGAAAAGGAUCUAAUAAAAAGCCCUGAAAUUACGUUUCUUUCUCUGCAACGAACGCCGCUACCUAUCUCGUUCUUAUUCCUGCGACUUUCACUGAAAUUCUAGCUCCGCUGCGAAUACACUUAGCAAUUGAUAUCGGGCCACUCGAAAUUCCUGUCGAACGUUUUCCUCGAAUUGGAAAACGGAUGACGAUCGUCCCGAUAUAUAGAUUCGCGUAGCGCCCGAGGAUCCAGGAAAAUACGACGCUCGAAAGCCCCAAGAUAUCGUACAAUUCCGUACCCGCUUUUUGUGAAACUCUAUCCGUCCGUUGCAACUUGUUUCUUUAUUAAAGUUGGCAUCCAAGUCUCUUUGACUUCGUGGAUAUUUAUCUCUAUUUGAUGGAAACGUUCUUUUUCCGUUCCCAUUGGUUAUUUGUUGAGGAAUGUUUGCCACUGCGGGAUGGGCUUGAAAGUAUUCUCCAGCAGUGCCUCGUAUAUAUCGACGAUUAUUGGCACCGGUCUUCCAAAAUGACGUAGUUAGCCCUU